AUGACAGUCACAGGAGUUGCCUACACGUCGCUUGCUACUGGAGACAGCAGCAAGUACACAGAGACGGUACAGUACUACCGCAAGCUAGGGUUCACGCUUAUCAGAAGCUUUGACAGAAACAUUUCGCAGCUGAGUUCGUCGAAAGGUGUUGCGCACGACUCGCUGAAGGAGACAUGGCUGGAGUCCUUCAAGCUGGGCCAGUUCCAAGGUGUGAACAGGGUGCCCUUGCAAGAGAGCAACAGCAUUCAGAGUGAGGGUGUUGUCGUGAAGAUCAGGCUGACAACUGCUGACGUUGUCGUUGCAACAGGUGACGGCGCGUCGGUGCACCUGGGGUUCUUCACAACAAAUUUGGAGAAGGUGUCCAGUGUGCUGGGAGCUGCGAUUGAGGAUGGUCAGGUAGUCUCCCACGAUCCCCUGGGCAAUAGCCUGACCUUUGUGACGUUCCCGAACCCGCUUACCGGUACGAUCACGGGAGAUUACUUCCAUGAGCAGCCUCUGCCUAAGAGCGUUGAUAUCGAGGACCUGGCGGCUCCAACGCAGAAGAAGAAGAAGAAGAUCGCCGUGAUGACGUCCGGUGGUGAUUCCCAGGGUAUGAACGCCGUGGUGCGUGCUGUGGUGCGUGCUGGUAUCUUUUACGGUUGCGACGUGUUUGCAGUUUAUGAGGGCUACACCGGCUUGGUGAAAGGUGGUGAUCUGUUGAAGAAGAUGGAGUGGGACGACGUUCGUGGCUGGCUGGCUCUCGGUGGUACGCUGAUCGGUACUGCUCGUUGUGCGGAAUUCCGUGAAAGAUGGGGUCGUGUUGCCGGUGCAAAGAACAUGAUUGACAAUGGUAUCGAUUCUCUCAUCGUGUGCGGUGGUGAUGGUUCAUUAACAGGUGCGGACUUGUUCAGAGCUGAAUGGCCAUCUCUGUUGGAUGAGCUGGUUGAAACCAAACAGAUCACGAAGGAAAAGGCUGACUUGCACAGACAUUUAACCAUUGUUGGACUGGUGGGUUCAAUUGACAACGACAUGUCGGGAACCGACACGACCAUCGGUGCUGCGUCUUCUUUGGAACGUAUCACCGAAAUGGUGGAUUACAUCGAUGCCACUGCCACUUCCCAUUCCCGUGCUUUCGUCGUGGAGGUUAUGGGUAGACACUGCGGUUGGUUGGCUUUGAACGCUGGUAUCACCACCGGUGCUGAUUAUAUCUUUGUUCCUGAAAGAGCUGCAGACUCAAAGACCUGGAGAGAGGAGCUGAAGGAAGUUUGUGCUCGUCAUAGAGCGAAAGGAAGACGUACCACUACAGUCAUUGUCGCUGAAGGUGCGUUGGACUCAGAGCUGAAUCCAGUCACGCCAGAAGACGUUAAAGACGUUCUUGUCGAUCUGGGACUUGACACCAGAAUCACCACUUUGGGACACGUCCAGCGUGGUGGUACGGCCGUUGCAUAUGAUAGAUUGCUCGCAACGAUGCAAGGUGUCGAAGCAGUGAAGGCUGUGUUGGAUCUUACGCCUUCAGACCCAUCUCCUCUCAUCGGUAUCUUGGAGAACAAGAUCAUCCGUACUCCCUUGGUUGAGGCAGUUAAACAAACAAAGAAAGUUGCUUCUGCCAUUGAAGCUAGAGAUUUCGACACCGCUAUCAAUCUUCGUUCAAACGACUUUUUGGAGUCAUAUUCAAACUUCUUGUCUUUGUCCCAGGGUGAUGAUGGUAAGCAAAUCCUACCUGAGGACAAGCGUUUGAACAUUGCUAUUGUCCAUGUUGGUGCAUCUUCUGCGGGUUUGAAUGCUGCGACAAGGGCUGCCACUCUGUACUGUUUAUCUCGUGGACACACACCAUAUGCCAUUCAAAACGGUUUCAGUGGAUUGAUUCGCCAUGGCUCUGUUGAAAAGCUGAGCUGGGGAGAUGUUGCUCACUGGCACAACACUGGUGCAUCCGAUAUCGGUACGAACCGUACUUUACCAUCUAUGGAUAUUGGUGCCGUUGCAUUCUACUUCCAGAAGUAUCACUUUGAUGGGUUGAUCAUCAUUGGUGGCUUUGAAGGUUUCACUUCCUUGCACGAAUUGUCCGAAGCCAGAAAGGAAUUCCCAGUCUUUAACAUCCCUAUGACCCUGAUUCCAGCUACCGUUUCAAACAACGUUCCAGGUACUGAAUAUUCACUUGGUUGUGAUACCUGUCUGAACUCUUUGGUUGGAUACUGUGAUGCCGUGAAGCAAUCUGCGUCUUCGUCUAGAAGACGUGUGUUUGUUGUGGAAGUCCAAGGUGGUCAUUCUGGUUACAUUGCAUCCUACAUUGGACUGGUUACAGGUGCUGUUGCAGUGUACUUGCCAGAGAAGAAGAUCACGUUGAGAACCAUCCAAGAGGACAUUUCACUUUUGAAGGAGAACUUCACCGUUGAUCAAGGCCUGAACCGUACUGGUAAGCUGUUGAUUCGUAACGAAACAGCUUCAGAUAUCUUCACAACCAGCUUGAUUGCCGAUAUCAUUGGUGAAUCAUCCAAGAAGUUCGAAACCAGAACCGCAGUUCCUGGUCACGUCCAACAAGGUGGUGCACCAUCUUCUCAAGACAGAGUCAACGCCUCAAGAUUCGCCAUCAAGUGUUGUAAAUUCAUCGAAGAGUGGAACGAGCGUAUCAACAGUGUUGACUUGGAAGGAUCUGACAAGUACCUCAGAUUUAAGUACGUGGAUGGACGUAAGGUCUCCACUGUUGGUGACAACACGCCGUCCGCUGCUGUCAUCGGUGUGAAGGGAUCCGAGCUCAAGUUCACAUCCAUUGAAGAGCUUUGGGAGCACGAAGCCGACGUCAAGCUGAGAAAGUCCUUGAACGUGCACUGGGAGGAGAUAAACGAGGUUAGCGAUGUGCUGAGUGGCCGUCUGAUCUUGAGAAACCGUAUAUUAGCUGAGAAGGAAGAACAGUCCCAUGCUCAGGUGUGA